GACAAGAAAACCGUAGCGGUAGCCAUUACUAUUACCUAUCAUAUUAUUAUUGAAAUCAGCAAUGUCUAAAACGCCAUCGUCCAUCAAUAACAGAGUUUGAAUGAACGGUGUUUUAUUGACUAUUCAAGGAAAUUAGAUAAGCUCACAUUGAUUGUAAUGUGAAAUAACAGAAAAUUGGUGAAAUUUGCCAUUUUAAUAUCAGUUGUGUUAAGUUAAAAAUAAACCUAAACGGCCUAUUUAAAUAGUCUGAAUUAGUUUCAGUGAAACGUGUGUCCAUAUUUCUUAAUUAAGGAUGCACUGCAAACAAUAUAUCAUUUUUGUGUUUGUGUUAUAAUUAAAAGUGUUUAUAUAUCGUACAGAGCAAAUAAACAAGAAUCACGGCUGCAGAUAUGGUUAAAAGGUCUGAUGGAACUGAAUCACCAAUUUUAGAGGAACAGGACAAUUCUGAGAAACCUAAGCAAACAGUUAAAUAUGGAGAACUUGUAAUUCUAGGUCUUGUGUAUUGUAGAUAUAAUGGAUCACUGCAGCCAGCUGAUAGGGGUAGGAAAAAAAGCAAAUUUGCUCUAUAUCGUAGGCAAGAGGCAAAUGGAGUUAAAAGAUCAAAACAUUAUGUUGUAAAAACUCCCCAAACAACACAAGCCAUUUUAGAUGCAAAACAACAUUCAAUAUCCUACACAUUGUCUCGAAAUCAUGCAGUUAUUGUGGAGUAUACACCAGAUGAUGAAACUGACAUGUUUCAGAUUGGACGUUCUUCAGAGUCACCAAUUGAUUUUAUAGUUAUGGAUACAAUUCCAGGACCAGAUAAAUCUACUGAAAAAGUUGUACAAAGUACGAUUUCUAGGUUUGCAUGUCGAAUUUUAGCAGACAGGAACAAUCCAACGAUAUGUAGAGUGUAUGCUGCAGGCUUUGAUUCUUCUAGAAAUAUUUUCCUAGGUGAAAAAGCCAACAAAUGGCAAGAAAAUGGGAAAGACAUUGACGGUCAAACAACGAACGGUAUUCUUAUAUUCCAUCCUCGUGGCUCGUUUAUUGGGGGAGAGGCAGCUAAUGGAUCAUGGCUUGAGACCUCUGUUGGCGGUGGUGUUUAUUUUCUUAGAGAAUCUAGAUCUGCCCAACAGAAAGGCCAGAAAGUAGAAGACGAGACAAAUAUUCUUCAAGACGGAACCCUUAUAGAUCUUUGCGGUGCGACAUUACUGUGGAGGUCUGCGGAAAGUUUAGCAAAAUCUCCUACAAAAAAAGACUUAGAACGCGGUAUUGACGAAAUAAACGCAGGUAGACCGCAAUGUCCUGUGGGUCUAAAUACGUUAGUGAUUCCCCGUAGGGUAACUGGAAACGAAAAUCAACAACAACCCUAUGUAUAUCUUAAUUGUGGACAUGUACAAGGCCACCAUGACUGGGGACAGGAUAAAGAUUCGGAGAGUCGAAAAUGUCCAAUCUGUCUUAAGCUUGGUCCUGUAGUUAAAUUGUGCAUGGGUUUGGAACCAGCCUUCUACGUUGAUUCUGGUCCUCCAACAUUUGCAUUCAAUCCCUGUGGACACAUGGCAACUGAAAAAACAGUCAAGUAUUGGGCCCGUAUACCAAUUCCUCAUGGUACAAAUAGCUUUCAUGUGAUGUGCCCGUUUUGUGCAACGACUCUAGCAGGAUCACCCGGUUAUGUGCGUCUCAUUUUUCAGGACAACGUCGACUAGAAAGAUCGUCCUGGCA